AUGCUAAAAAUCCUCAUCCCAACACUAAUGCUCGUACCAACAACCUGGCUUNCGCCCCCAAAAUGACUAUGGCCUACAACCCUCGCCCACAGCCUCAUUAUUGCACUGGCUAGCCUUACUUGACUAGAAAGUCUUUCAGAGACAGGAUGAACAUCCCUCAAUCUCUACAUGGCCACAGACCCAUUAUCAACUCCUCUGCUUGUUCUUACCUGCUGGCUCCUACCAUUAAUAAUUCUAGCCAGCCAAAACCAUACAGCCCAAGAGCCUAUUAACCGCCAACGGAUGUAUAUUACCCUACUAACCUCCCUACAAUUCUUCCUUAUCCUGGCAUUCAGUGCAACCGAAAUUAUCAUAUUUUAUAUCAUAUUCGAAGCCACUCUAAUCCCAACACUAGUAAUCAUCACCCGAUGAGGCAACCAAACAGAACGCUUAAAUGCAGGGACUUACUUCCUAUUUUAUACCCUAGCAGGCUCUCUUCCACUAUUAGUUGCCCUACUCCUCCUUCAAAACAGCACAGGAACCCUCUCCCUGUUAACACUUCAAUAUGCCCCUCCCCUACAACUCAUGUCUUACGCAGACAAACUAUGGUGAGCAGGCUGUCUACUAGCCUUCCUAGUGAAAAUACCUCUAUACGGAGUCCACCUCUGGCUCCCCAAAGCACACGUAGAAGCCCCUAUUGCAGGUUCAAUGGUCCUUGCAGCCGUACUUCUAAAACUAGGGGGUUACGGGAUAAUGCGAAUGAUAAUUAUACUAGAACCCCUUACCAAAGAACUCAGCUACCCCUUUAUUGUCUUUGCCCUCUGAGGAGUCAUUAUAACAGGCUCAAUCUGUCUCCGCCAAACAGAUCUAAAAUCUCUAAUCGCAUACUCAUCCGUAAGCCACAUAGGACUAGUAGCAGGGGGCAUUCUAAUCCAAACACCCUGAGGCUUUACGGGGGCCCUCAUCCUCAUGAUUGCCCACGGACUUACCUCCUCCGCUCUUUUCUGCUUAGCCAACACUAACUACGAGCGAACACAUAGCCGAACAAUGGUUCUGGCACGAGGACUGCAGAUAGUGCUGCCCCUUAUAACAACAUGAUGAUUUAUUGCCAGCCUCGCUAACUUAGCACUACCCCCUCUCCCUAAUCUCAUGGGGGAAAUCAUGAUCCUCACCUCCUUAUUCAACUGAUCGCAUUGAACCCUGGCAUUAACAGGGGCAGGGACCCUAAUUACUGCCGGAUAUUCACUUUACAUGUUCUUAAUGACCCAACGAGGCCCACUUCCCGCACACAUCAUCGCCUUAGACCCCUCACACUCUCGAGAACAUCUACUCAUUGCCCUACACCUUCUCCCCCUUAUCCUCCUUAUCCUCAAACCCGAGCUAAUUUGAGGCUGAACCGCCU